AUGUCAUACAUUACUGAUGAUAAUGUUUCUAACAACAAUGCGUCUGACUCAAAGUACUUGGCAAUCUUUGAGUGUUAUCACGAAAAUAUGCUUGUAGACCAAACAAUUAAAAUUAGUGAUUUUGGUGAAAGAGCUUCCAAUAUUGAAAUUAUUGAGGAGAGCAAAGAAGGAAUUAAUGAAAUAAACACUAGAGCAACUCGUGAAAAAAGUGGGUUAAAUGAAACCAGUAAAUCAGGCAUAAUGAAUGAAAUAGAUGAUGAUAUGGGUGAAGCAAGUAAAGCAGAUAAAAAGAGAAAAAAAAAGGCAAUUAGUCAUAAAGCUGAAAAUAAACCAAACCUUCCAGAAUUACCUGAAUUUGAGCCAUUACAUACCUUUUCUAAUCAUCAUGGUUAUUCAACACUACCACAUGAAAUGCAAAUAGGUACCAUUAGUCCAAUUGUACUAUUUCGAUUAUGUUUUAGUGAUAAACAAUUACAAAUAAUUGUCGAAAAUACAAACAAGUAUGAGCAAAUUAAGAGUUAUGAAGGAGGACUUGAGGAUUUAUGGAACUCUAACGAAAAGAUGGCAGUUCAUAAUAUUAAACAAUUUAUGUCAUUGUAUCAAUUCCAACAAAUUAAGAGAUUUCUUCAUAUUUCUAAUCCAACUGAACCUAAAUCUUAUUGGUAUUCAAAAAUCGAACCAUUGGCUUCAAAUCUUCAGAAAAUAUUUAAAAAAUUAUAUACUUCUAGUACACGAGUUUCUAUUGAUGAAAUGAUAGUUCAGUUUUCUGAUCAUAGCAUGUAUACAUUUAAAAUAAAAAACAAACCAACGCCAGAAGGAUAUAAAAUUUUUUCCCUUUGUGAUGCUGGAGCAUGUAGUACUGUACGUACCAAUUCAUCUAAAUUUCCUAAAAUAUUAAAACUUGAAAAUCCUUUAGUCUUAGAUUGGGAUACUCUUUCUGCCAUGAUUGAUAAUAGUCCAGUUUAUUUACUUACUACUAUUCACCAAAUUAUUGGUGAUGAAUGGAAAAUUACUCAUAAUCAUCAUUGUCCACAUAUUACAAGUACAAAUGCUAGAAAAGUUCAUCAGGUUUUUGGUGAUAAUGUAAGAAAAGAAUUAAAAAUUCCAAAACUAAUUGAUGAUUAUAAUCAUUAUAUGAAAGGAGUAGAUAUUGCAGACCAACUUAGAAGCUAUUAUAAUUGUCAAUUAACUGCACAUCAUACAUGGUUUCCAUUAUUUUUUUGGCUUUUAGAUACUACACUUGAUUUAAUUCAAGAAAAUCUAAAAAUUACGACUAAAAAAAUAACUAGAAAAAGACCAAAUAAUGUAUUUUCUGCUGAAUCAUCAAAAAAUAA